GCGGGUUUCGGUUUAGGACCGAAUACCCCAAGUUCUGCAUUUCGUACCUUCCAACGCGCGCGCUGUAUCAACAGUUCCCUGUCGGCACACCCCAAGCGUCCGACUGUCCACGAGCCCACGUACAGCACACGUUAAUCACUCGCUCGAAAUAACACUACGAAGUCAUCCGAUUUGACUGAUCAACUUCACAUGUCGGCCGAAAAGCGACCCGCCUCCGACGAGCCAGGCCCCGGGCAGGCGCUGGUUAAGAGACAAAAUGUUGGAACAUCUUCAAGAGCUCUAGCAAGGCUCAAUGCCUCUGGAAACGGCAGUGCUCUUGUUAAGACUGCUCCUCGAACCAGUGGGCUGCAAGCGCCGGUGAUGGAGCUGUCCGGCCAUUCUGGUGAGGUCUUCGCAGCCAAGUUUGAUCCUACUGGCAACUUCAUCGCUUCAGGAUCCAUGGACAGGAGUAUAUUGCUGUGGAGAACAUAUGGCGAUUGCGAGAAUUACGGUAUACUCAAAGGGCACAGCGGUGCCGUUCUAGACCUUCAGUGGUCGAGAGACUCGCGAAUUCUCUUUUCGGCCUCGGCCGACAUGCAUUUGGCCAGCUGGGAUCUUGACAAUGGCACACGGAUACGGCGCUAUGUCGGCCACGAGGAGGUCAUUAAUGCUAUGGACAUUAGCAGGCGAGGCGACGAGGUGCUCAUCAGUGGCAGCGAUGACGGUUCAAUCGGGCUCUGGGAUCCCCGAACCAAACAUGCGGCGGACUACAUACAAACUGAUUUUCCUGUGACGGCAGUCGCCAUAUCGGAGGCUGGCAACGAAAUCUAUUCUGGCGGUAUUGAUAACGACAUCAAGGUGUGGGACUUGCGAAAGAAAGCCGUUGUGUAUUCCAUGCUCGGCCAUCAAGACACCAUCACUUCAUUGAGGGUAUCCCCUGAUUCACAAUCGCUUCUGUCCUAUGCCAUGGAUUCCACUGCAAGAACGUGGGACAUCCGCCCCUUUGCACCAACAGAACGCCGCAUUCGGACGUUCGAUGGCGCCUCUAUGGGCUUAGAGAAGAACCUCGUUCGUGCAAGUUGGGACUCAGCUGGCAAACACGUGGCUGUGGGCUCUGGGGACGGCACCGUCACCAUCUGGUCCAACGACUCCGGGAAAUUGGCAUACAAGCUUCCUGGACACAAAGGCACUGUCAACUGCGCCGAAUUUGCACCAGGAUCUGAACCUAUUCUUCUCUCGGCGUCUUCUGAUCGCAAUAUGCUUCUGGGCGAGCUACGAUGAUUCACUUUACACUUGACCCACUGACACAUGGCAAACCACACAGAGCCUUUGAUGUACUGGAUCGGUGGUUUAUCCUGAAUUACAGUAGGAUUGCGGGGAGGCUCAACGCAGUAUGGCUACUGUCUCGCUGUCUUGAAGACGUCAAAUUACGCCCUGGUUACCGUCUCGGCUUCAAAUCCAGGCGAAAGUGGCCAUGUGCACUUGCGGUCCUCGGGACCUUCUUAGGCGAUGAAAGGGGCCUAGCCAGGGACAAAAAUAAAGGCAUGAGCCGUUCAGAAGCUCGGUUAUGGGAGGGAGACUAGUCACUCACCAUAUUCUGGUCGGUACACAUUUGGACACGCCGAAACGCUAUGUUUCUCGGAUGUCUCUAGGAUGCUGUAUGGCGGUUUCCGGGCGCCGCGCACAGGCGGGCGCCUGGCUGCAACUAGUACGCACUUGAGAAAUGAUGCUGGCUUUACUACAUCAGAUAGGUAGGUUGUUCAAAGACAAUAACAUGGCCGCCCUUAUUGGUUGAUCCUUCAUCGUGCCAGUAGCCCACCACAGCCUUUCAUCUGUAGGUUAUGCACGGGUCUCACCAAUGUUUAAUUAUAGCCGGUUCUGUCAUUGAUGUGCUGUGUUUGGAUGGGAGUAGGUUUAUAAAUGAACAGGUCGCGACCCAUUGCUUUACAUUGGAUUUCAUAAGCUGCUACCGACAUUUAGAAUAGUAAACGAUAUUGGCUUGAAUUUCUUG